UCCAUCUGGUUAUGUCCGUUUUGUAAACACCCUUCCAAUCGUUGGUUAAUUGAGACCUUGGAAAUGGGCGAUUCCACGUCCAUGCCCGACUGCGCCAUACUAGAUGAAGACGCCCUGCUGGACAUUAUAGAGGAUGUAUGGGGUGAUCAGACUCUCCCUGGCAGCCCUCUCGCCUAUGUUGCGGUGCCCGACGAACAGCUCACUACCAUGGGGAAGAAUGCCAUAACCUUUUCGUCAACAGACCAAGAACAGGAACCAAAACCCGACAAGCCCAAGAAGAAGCGACGACGCGACCGUAAUCGCCCAUGGCACGAAAUUGCUCGAUUGGAAUCGGAAAGUAGCGAACUAGAGCGAGAGCUACAGACCCUAAUGGCCAGUGCCAGUAAACGAGCUCGAGGAGCUCUGCACAGUCGCAACAUCAAUGCUCAACUCAAGACAAUGCUGAAAGAAAAUAUCGAGGACAUUCGUCACCUUGAGCAAUAUUUAUUGCAUCAACUAGACGAGCUAGGAAGAGACUUUCCAAACCCUCUGAUGAUGACGCGUGUUCUCCCGUUCGACGUUCAAGACAACUCGAUAUUUUGGGAUAUGGCUCGCAGCGUGGACGACCAGUACAAGGACAUGGAUCGUGUCAUUCGACGGGCAGAACUGGGUGACAUGACUUCAGAAAUGGUGGAGAGUUACGUCAGUCGCACGAAGUCUGUGUAUACGGGUGGCCAAUUGGCUGAUAUGCUCAAAUUUCGAGCUCAACUCUUGACGCCAUUUAAGAGAAAUACACUGGAGAAAGCCUUAUGGGGAGGAGUUGAGAGCGGAGGAGGAGUCACGCUUCGACAGGAUCAAAAUAAUUGUGAUAUUGUACUACCGGUUGAUGUAUCCUCUCGAGUUGCUGUUCAGAAGUACGAAAUUUCAAUUGACAAUUACACGUGCACUAUGCGGAUGGUGAUGAAAGAAUUCAUUGAGAAUCAUCGAGUUGUUCAAGUGUGGAAGAUGCUGGCAGAGUGGCAAAAAGUGGGGGCGGUGCACAACGUGAAGACGCACGAAUACGGAUGGGGAUACCUCCAACCUGUUGGAGAGAAAACUACCCUCAGCGUGGGCUGUAUCCUAGUUACUCCGACUAUUGACGGAUUGUUUCCACGCGACAAUUGUGAGAGUAUCAAGUCUCUCACUAACACGUAUCAGAAAAUGGUGUUAUCGCGGCUUCAACAGCUAGAGAACCAAACGAUGGAUCAACUCGUACGAGAGAAGAGCAGCGCAGCAUUCGGAGGGAGCUCCUAUCAGGUGCUAAGUUGAUAAAUCUGCCUCAUGAACGAAUGGUGUCGAACAAAGCAUUCUGCACAAACUGGUGGCGAGACUUAAUGAGUUGACUGUAGGACGAGAUCACCACUUCCCUGAUUGAGUUCUCUUCUGACCGCAAAUAGCUCUGUGUCGUGUCAUAAUUUUCGUCCGGGUACAGACACAACAGUGAUCGAGCCUGGCAGAUUCCAGAUGAAGUGCCACUUUCAACAGAGUAAUCCCUCAUCACAAAGCAGCCUCCUUCUCUUGUUGUAUGGUGCCACAUUCCUGACGCUGGACUAUCGACAGUCCACUCAGAGUAACCUUCCAUCAAGACAGCGUACCCUUCACCUGUCAUAAAGCGCUUAACCACGCCGUGGGUAUCAAUAGUGACCAUACUACCACAAUCAAUCUGCACUGCGACCCGGGUGUUGACGGCCAGGAUAUCAUCAGAACGUCGACUGACAAUAGACUGCUCCCCAUCAGGGAAUCUCCCUUCCUCGAUAAACGACCACAUUGUAGAAGAAAUGGCUUCUUCCUCAAAUGGCAGUAGUUCCAACCUCGUAAAUUCCACAGCCCCACGCUCGUUUCUCGUUUGUAUAGUUUCUGU